AUGCAAGAAAUCGCCUCCAAAUUGCUCACAAGACUGAAGAAAUGUGAUUACUUUGAAUGGAAAGAUGUCGCACAGGGAGAAGGUUACUACAAAAACCUCAUCUAUUCCAUGAAGCAGCAGUUGGAUUCCAAAGAGGAUCUUGGUGUCAUAAAAAACUUGAGGACUAGGAAUGCUAAGUUGGAGUUUCUCCUGAGUAAGGAGAAGAGUCUAGUGGCAGGCAUGGAGAAGGGGAUGUGUGAUUCCAAGAAGAGCAUACGUAUGUACAAGCUGUUGGUAGUUGUUCUAGUUCUUGGUGGACCAUUUGCAGUUAAUACAUAG